UCGGCGGUAGUUUUGGCUCCGCAGAGCCGCAGGACGCAGCGGACUGUCGCGGCUCCGCUCGAUGGUUCACCGGCGCCACGCGGAGGAACCGUCCACCGCCCGCAGUGUGACAGCAGUGUCACCAUGCUGAAGCCAGGUGACCCGAGUGGCUCUGCCUUCCUGAAGGUGGACCCGUCCUACCUGCAGCACUGGCAGCAGCUCUUCCCUCAGGCCCAGCUCAAAGCCCCGCUCGGCCCGCCUCAGCCUCCGCCGCCUGAGCGCCUCUCCAUCCCCGUGGACGCCUUGCGACCAUCCCGCCUACACAGCCACCUCCUGACCUCUACACAUUGCACUUCCUCCUCCUCGUCUUCUUCCACCUCUUCCUCAUCCUCAGCAGCAGCAGCAGCAGCAGCGUCUUCUUCAGCGGCAGCAGCAGCUCUGACCUCAGUCUCCUCCAUCUCCAUCACUUCCUCUGCAGGGCUGUCCCAGCUGCCCGUGCCGCAGCAGAUCGCACUGUUUGGCCAGGCGUUGGCCCCGGUGUGUGCCGGUCCUGGAGGACAAGGAGGAGGAGGAGGAGGAGGAGAAGAGCUGGUGGUGGUCGUGCCCCCAGAGAACCAGCAAGGUCACAACCCAGUGGCAGCAGCAGCGGCGGCAGCAGCAGUGGGGCUCCUCCAUCAGGCCAAGGAGCCGAGCUGUGGGGUGGUGGGCGUGGUGUCAUCCAGCGUGAAGAGCAGCAGUACAGCAGGAGGAGGAGGAGGAGGAGGCGAGGAGGCCAGCAAAGGAGUGACAGGGAGGUUCAAGCUGACGUCCGAGGAGCUGGACUACUACCUGUACGGACAGCAGCGGAUGGAGAUCAUCCCGCUGAGCAACCACACGGGCGAGCUCAACAACCGUUGUGAUAUGUGUGCAGACAACAGGAACGGCGAGUGUCCAAUGCACGGUCCGCUGCAUUCUCUGCGCCGGUUAGUCGGCACCAGUAGCACGGCGGCGCCCGUCACCCUGCCCGACGUUCCCGAUUGGCUGAGAGACCUUCCCAGAGAGGUGUGUCUGUGCACCAGUACGGUACCAGGUCUGGGUUAUGGCAUCUGUGCAGCCCAGAGAAUCCCUCAGGGAACCUGGAUUGGCCCAUUUCAGGGAGUUCCUCUGCUGAUCGACAAAUUUCACUCUGGAGCCGUCAGGAACACGAGACACCUGUGGGAGAUCUACGAUGCAGAAGGGACGUUACAGCACUUUAUCGACGGCAAUGAUCCCAAUAAGUCCAGCUGGAUGAGGUACAUCCGUUGUGCGAGACACUGCGGCGAACAGAACAUGAUGGUUGUACAGUACAGGUCGUGCAUCUUCUACCGAGCGUGCAUGGACAUCCCUAGAGGAACCGAGCUUCUGGUUUGGUACAACGACUCCUACACUUCUUUCUUCGGCAUCCCGCUGCAGUGCAUCGCUCAGGACGAAAACUUAAACGUCCCGGCCACGGUGAUGGAGGCCAUGACGAGACAGGAGUCCCUCCAGUCCUUCAGCAAGAACACUAAACCUUCCUCCUCCAGCUCUUCCUCCUCCUCGUCUCCUUCCACCUCCCUCAUGCGCUCCAUGGUCUUCCCCCAUUCCCCUUGCUCCAGGAGUUUCUCCUUAUUGGACAAAGUCGGGGCUGGGGUCCAGUCAGACUCCAGUUUUUGUCAGUUGGGCUCAAAAAACCAGAGAGUCCUGGCGAGUCCGACUUCCACCAGCCAGCUGAGCGGCGAGUUCAGCGACUGGCACCUGUGGAAGUGUGGCCAGUGCUUCAAAACCUUCACCCAAAGAAUCCUGCUGCAGAUGCACGUGUGUCCACAGAACCCCGACAGACCAUAUCAGUGUGGCCACUGCUCGCAGUCCUUCUCUCAGCCUUCAGAACUGAGGAAUCACGUGGUGACGCAUUCCAGUGACCGGCCGUUUAAAUGUGGAUACUGCGGGCGGGCAUUCGCCGGCGCCACGACACUCAACAACCACAUCCGGACGCACACCGGAGAGAAGCCGUUCAAGUAAGUAACAGUGCGAGCGCUGCGACCGCAGCUUCACCCAGGCCACCCAGCUCAGCCGCCACCAGAGACUUCCCAACGAGUGCAAACCAACACAUGAGACCAGCGAGUCCAUCGAGGUGGACUAGCUCCUGAUGAACGUUUACCGACGACGACAGUGACAGGUCCCAACUGUUCCAUAUGUGACGCAGAAACCCAAAGCCGAGUCAUCCUCCAGGUUUAAACACAGAGAAACAUUCAUGAAAAUCGGAUCACUAAACUGAUCAACUCUGUGCUUGUAAAUGUUUCACUCAAACUGAUCCAGACUUCAUACGCAAAUGGCAUCGGUGUGCAAGUUAAGCUAACAAAAAGCCAAACGAUUAGUGCACCUUAGUGGCCGGUUUCGGUCCAAAUGACGUACGCUUUACAAACGCUGUCCAUUCCCCGGAAACUCUGCUGAUAUUGUGAUGCCACAAUGUGAGAACAUUAAAGACGGGAAAAAGAAUCGGACGAGUGCCCGUCUCCAACCACUGACCCGUCAGGCAGGGAACCGAUAGCACAAGUUGUAAUGGUGAAAGAAAAAUCAAUAAAAAUUUAUAUAAAAAAUGGAUAGAAAGACAGUUUGAAGAUGCGCUAACAUGCUCUUCACCUGCCGUCACUCCAGAAAAGUAGAAUUUUUUUUAGAGUACAAAAUUGAGAAUUCUAAAAUAUCCUACCAAGAGUUUUAAGAAUCUGUUGAGCGUUAAUGUCAAAUUCAACAUUCUGAUUCCACAGUUGACUUUACACCGCCACUUUGGUAGUCUGUGGAGCAGUCACAUUCUGCUACCUCAUGACCGACAGACACGGGGCCUGGUGACAGACAUGGCGCCUGGUGACUGACACGGGGCCUGGUGACUGACCGACUGACACGGGGCCUGGUGACUGACACGGCGCCUGGUGACUGACCGACUGACACGGGGCCUGGUGACUGACACGGCGCCUGGUGACUGACCGACUGACACGGGGCCUGGUGACUGACCGACUGACACGGGGCCUGGUGACUGACACGGCGCCUGGUGACUGACCGACUGACACGGGGCCUGGUGACUGACCGACUGACACGGGGCCUGGUGACUGACACGGCGCCUGGUGACUGACCGACUGACACGGGGCCUGGUGACUGACCGACUGACACGGGGCCUGGUGACUGACACGGCGCCUGGUGACUGACCGACUGACACGGGGCCUGGUGACUGACACGGCGCCUGGUGACUGACCGACUGACACGGGGCCUGGUGACUGACCGACAGACAGGGGCCUGGUGACUGACACGGCGCCUGGUGACUGACCGACUGACACGGGGCCUGGUGACUGACCGGCUGACACGGGGCCUGGUGACUGACACGGCGCCUGGUGACUGACCGACUGACACGGGGCCUGGUGACUGACCGACUGACACGGGGCCUGGUGACUGACACGGCGCCUGGUGACUGACCGACUGACACGGGGCCUGGUGACUGACCGACUGACACGGGGCCUGGUGACUGACACGGCGCCUGGUGACUGACCGACUGACACGGGGCCUGGUGACUGACACGGCGCCUGGUGACUGACCGACUGACACGGGGCCUGGUGACUGACCGACAGACAGGGGCCUGACCUCUCUUCAUUUUAACACCAACCACAACCUGGUAACACAGACGAGCGCAACUUACACAAAGUGGGCAUGAAAAUGACAACAGCAUCAAGUGGAAACUUGUAGUUGCACAGCUAAAAAGAUUGAACCAGAUGCCAUCAGUCUGCGCUAACCCCCCCCCCCCCCCCCAAAAAAAAACAAAAAAACAACAAACAAACAGAACUGCCUCAACACGUCAUCACUUCCUCACCUAUGGUGUUCUACAGUGUGUUAAGUGGGUAAUAAAAAAACAGUCCCAUUCAUUUUUCCUAUCAUAUUUUAACGUUCACAUACAUAAUGAGAAGCUAACGUGUUUCAAAGAAUGUCCAAAAAUAAGGUCCAGAAUCAUGGUAAAUAACAGAAUUUUAACUUGAUGCUUUAAACCUGUACCUCACAGAGCGAUGAAUGCUGACGAAUGUAACGUUUUUUGCGUUUUGUCAGGGUUCGUUAAUUGGCUGCAAAAUAGUUUGCAAACAGUUUUUAGGUUCAGAAACUAUAUUUCUUGUUGCAAAUAACAUAAAUAACAUGUCCAAAAUUACUUAGCAUAUAUCUAUCUAUCUAUACAUAUACAUGCAUGCAUAUAUAUAUAUAUAUAUAUAUGCAUGCACACACACACAGUUUUUUCUAUUACUUUUUAAAACACUGCUAUGUACCAUAAUUCUGCACUUCGUUAUUGGACAUUAUUUGAAAUAUGUUGGCUUCUCAUUAUGUACAUAAAUACUAAAAUAUGAAGGGAAAAAAGAAAUUAACUCGCUAAUGUUUAGUCAUGGUGUACGUUUUCCGGCUGCUCAGAUGUGAUGACAUGAGCUGUUUUUGUAUCUCCAGAUUUUAGCUCUCAAAUUUUUUUUUUUUUUGCUUUUGCAGGGUCGACAACAGAAUUAUGCAAGGAUUACCAGCUUCAUGAUAGCACACUGUAACUUAGCGGUUCCAUUGCUGAAAAUAAAUAAAAUUAUUCUAAAUAAUAAUAAUAACCAUAAUGAUCAGUUUAAAUUGGAGCUCUACGAUUUCUCAGCUUUUGUAAGCUAAAAAUGAUUGUUCUGGUCGUUUGUCCUGUGAAUAAUCAGGAUUUAUCUGGAAUCGUUCACUCACCUGAAUUAAAUCUCAAAUCAAUAAUCGUGACCGACUGAUUUAUGUUCAACUCACCUCUCAGCUGCUCUCGACUGUUAAGGAACUUUACUGUUUCCUGACUAACAGAAGAAGGACCUUAAAGCUACAAUUCCUGCUGGACAGAAUUCCGAGUCAACAAGCCAAAGAUCCUUUGAUUUCUCCCAUCAGGAACAGACAAAAGAAUUUCAGAUGGAGUCUGAUUAAUGAAUGGAAUUUUUGGACAGAAGAUAUUUAUUGGAGACUUUCGGGAAUCCCAUCCAGUUUCCCUCCAAUGAAAACUCCUUGAUGAAAUGGAGAUAAAAAAAAAGACUGUUGGUCCGUCUGUAGCUUUACUUCUUGGUUUCUGUUUUUCUUUUUCAACAGCGAUGCCAAAGGACGGGCGUGACCAAAGCUAAUGAUGGCGAGAAUGCACAACACCACUAACAUCUGAAGACCAGUUUUACAUAACAAACUACACGAAAAGCCUACACGGAGUAUGUAUAGUAAAAAGAAAAAGAAAAAAAAAAAGAAGUCAUAUUCUAUUUAUCAGACUCAUAUCAUGCUUCAGGCACUUUUGUUUGAAAAAUGUUAUUUAAUUUUGCAGCUCUGUCUGGAAACUUAAAGUUUUAAUGAAGGUGAUUUCUUAUAGAAAUAAUCCUGCAUCUUCUGGUAGAAAAUUUUCUUUUUUCUUCUUCUUCCUCAUUUAGCAUAAAAAUAAUUUUAAGGUUGAAAAAAAAUUCACUUUCACUUGCUUCAACUUCAGACAUCUGUAUAGAUGAUAUCUGAUCAUAUAUUCAUAAAGUCCAAAGAACAAAUCAUGUUGAUUUUCAAAAAGGUUCUCAUUGUGUUCUCAUUUGUGUAUUUGUAUAUAGUGUCAUUAUGAUACACUUUGUAAGAAAAUAAGGCUAAAAGCACAGUUAUUACAUGAAUACCAAAUAGGUUUUUGUGCCUAAAAGUCAAAAAGCUUUAAUAAUAAUAAUGAAAAUAAUGUGAAAACUGUAAUUUCCCAAAGACCAACGCGGUGACGAACGUCUGAGCCAACAGCCGAAACCAAAACACAGGGACCUGUGAGAAAUUCUCACAGUGGUCACACAGACAUCUGUAAGAGUGCAAUAAAUAAUCCUCACGAGCAAGCUAGCUCACCUAGCGGGACUGCCACUAAAUAUAGCUAACUUCUAAAACACUUGUGAGCUUUAUUGGGAAAGAAAUAACUAAAUACUGCGAAUAUGUGCUUAUCAGGUAGCGCUGGACUACUAGCUAGUUCUUAUUUACGAAGUAAUUUAACAUCAUCACAUAAGCGAGAUUUUUGAAAAUAGCGUUGAUGAUUAGCGUCAGCCAUUUCCAAGGACAGAAACUCAGAUAGGAGAAGGAAAACUAGACACAAAUAAUUGUUUUUUUUUAGAAAAGAAUGAAAUUGGUGUUGAUGAAAAAUACAGUGAAGCCACGUUGUAGGAAGUAGCAACAUUUCCUUGAACUCUUACAGAUGUAUUUGUGACUAAAAGCAGAUUUUUGGUCUCUUUAGUGGAAUCAUGCUGCUCUUUCAGAAUGUAUUGAUCCAGUGCUGUAUAUAGAAAAAUAAAAAACAAAAGCUUUUUUAAAAUAUUGAAUCUGUGGGACUGAGGUGAAAUUAUUCAACUUAGUAAAGAAUUAUCACAAGUUUAUGAUGAAGGGGUUGAAAAUGAUUCACUUUCUUUUCACAUCUGUGUGAACCCAGAUUUUUUUUAAAAGAUUUAUGGAAGGAAAACCAGCACAAAACAGCUCGCAAUAAAUGUACUAAUUAUCGCUGUCUGAGUCGUCUAAUCACCCACAAAUACUAAACCGAAGAGGCAAUUAAUUAAAACGUCAUAAUCAAUUAAACAGUGAAUGUUUAUAAACUGCCACCUUUGUAAACCUAUAAAACGGUGACCUCCAGUGGUCAAAAGUCAGAUGACACGUUCAGAAAGGCACCCUGGGUAAUAUUGGAGCCACCAAAAUGAAGCGCAAAUGGGCCAAGGUGAUUUGAAUUCAUCAUAAAAAACAAAAUAAAAUCAGCUUUGUUCCCUUUGACAUGCAGGAUUCCUGUUUUUAUAAAGUUUGUUUACACUUUUUAAUGAAAUAACUUUACAAAAAUGAAACUUUCAUCUGAACAGAAAGUGAAUCAUGCUGGGCCCUCACGAUGAUUAAUCAUUUCCUUGUAAUGUGAUCAGAAGACAUGAAUCCUCAACAGAUUGCAUGAUUUUUCCUCUUAUUACUUUUUUACUGAAUGAGAUUAAAACCAAAAAGAUGCUGUUCCAAAGGAAAUAAAGCAGAAAUACACUUUUGAUCCA